GCCAUGGCGCCCCGCGGGAGGAAGCGGAAGGCCGAGGCGGCGGGGGGCGCGGCGGCGGAGAAGCGCGAGAAGCCGGCGGCCGGCCCGGAGGGCGAGGCGGCCGUGGUCAUCGAGCACUGCACCAGCUGACGCGUGUUCGGGCGCCAGGCCGCCGCCCUGAGCCAGGCGCUGCGCCGCGAGGCCCCCGCGCUGCCCGUGACGGUGAACCCGGCGCCCCGCCGGGGCAGCUUCGAGGUGACGCUGCUGCGCCCGGACGGCAGCCGCGCGGAGCUCUGGACCGGGAUUAAGAAGGGGCCGCCGCGCAAGCUCAAGUUCCCGGAGCCGCAGGCGGUGCUGGAGCAGCUCCGGAAGCACCUGCCGUAGGGCGGGCGGAGGACCGCGCGGAGCCUUCCUCCUGGUGAUGUUGGAGCAUUCAUGAUGGGACAUGACCAAACUUCAGUCAUGUGCCUGAAGCAUAGCUUCUCCUCCAGAAAUGAAGGUUCAGUUCUGUGGCAACCCUCCAGCGAGGCAUUGGAAAGUUCUUAGAUUUGGUUUGUUUAAUAAAACUUAAAGUGUUUGAUAUAAAAUAUUUGAGCAAUAAAGUAAAACUUAAUCUGCAUGUAAGCGAUGGACAAAGCCAGCCUUCUGGGAUUAGUCGCCUUUCAGUUACCUGGAACCCCUAAAGUCUCUGGUAAAGGAUGUGAAAUAAGUAUGGGGGAAAAAAGUAAAUAAUUUAUUUUUAUAAAAGCAACUACUUUUUUCAACUCACUUCUUGGAAGUGAUGAAGAUGGAGGCUCUGGCUGGACUUUCCAUACUCUGCAGUGAACAAGCUCCACACAUUAGCUACUGGGUAAAAUCCUGUUAGUCCCUUGCCACUUAAUGUUCUGUCCCAACACUGUUUCACACCUUGUUCUGGAGGGUACACGGGACCCCCCCACCACAGAGGGUGAUUUACCAACUUUUCCCAAAUUAGCAGUGACUAGGUAACUCAUAACCUGGGAGACCUGGCCUUGGCCUUCUGGAGUUGGGGGACCACAAUUUAUUGUCUCACUUGUCACUAACUGGAAAAUAGAUUACAGAGAAAUAAGGUGGUUCAAGUUCAUAAUUUUCUACCCAUGGUACUACUUCUGCCUGGCUUCCAAAAUCUGGGGAGGGGAGGCCUAGAGAGCCAGGGGUACAUCUGACUCUUGGGCAGAGAGAAUAGGGCCAGUGCUAGCCUCUCUGUGAACACAUUUUGCUAGCUGACAUCUCCCAUCUCCCAGUGCUCCUAACCUUCCCUCCCCACUUGGCUACGUUAGUAUAUCUAUCUCUGUUUCUGACUCCGAGGAAGGGUCAGGCCAUACGGAGGGAAUGUUGGCGGGCACCAGCUUCCCGUCUGAUGUCCAGUCUACCACGUCAAUCUCUUCCUCCUCGGGGCUGGCAGGAAGUGGGCUCAAGUCAGAGUUGUCAAAUACCUCCUUGGCUGCCUCUGGAGCAGGGUAUAAUACCUCAUCCAUACUUAGGGGCACUUCCAGCCCAGACUCCCCCCAGUUUGAAGAGGGAGGUGAGAGCUCCCCAUAGGCCCUCUGGGGUGGGUCAAGGGAGUCAAUGUGGAGAAGUUGGUUCCUUUGCCCAUGCAGUGGCUGGCAACUGGUCACUUCCAGGUCUGGAGUCCAAGAGCCUCCCACUGAAAGCACCUCCCCUUCACUCAUCUCUGAGGGGAUGGCAAGGGGGCUAAGGGACUCAAUUGGCUCUUUGUUCUCAGAGGGCAGGACAAGGGGGCUAAAGGGCUCAAUUGACUCUUUGUUCUCACCAACAGGUUCCUUUUCCAAUCCUGUGAGCUCCCUGGGCCAGAGUUCCAUGUCUGGUAAACACCAUUCUUCCCCCUCAAUCCAGUUCUUUCCAGUUUCUGUCAGGUGGUAAUUAGGGGUCCUGCAGCUCUCAGCCCUGGGACUCUCCAGAGCCCCUAACGGCGGCUCAAUAUCUGAGCCACAAAGCAUGAAGUCCAGGAUCUCCUCCAGCUCGCUGGCGGCAGCAGCACUGGUGAUUCUGUACUCCUCAGCUUCACAGGGCGGCCCGAGCAGGGUCGUGUCAAACGCAUAGGGUUCUCUGCAGUCAAUAUCCAAUCCAGGCUCCUUCCCCACCAGCUCUGGACUGGCCCCAAACUCACACUUCACUGUGGGCUGGUCUGGGGAGUGGCGAGCAGACAGCAAAAUGUCUUGUAGCCUAGAGCACACCGGUGAGUCCUGACGCGGGUCUAGUCUAGCCGAUGACAUUUCUUGCUCAUUAACAGAGUGUGGCCGAGUCCCCGGAGGCUCUUCCAGGUCUCCAGGUCCUGGGAUCUGAGGGCUCUCUUGGGAGUGUUUGAGGGGAGGCUCUUGCACCACCUCCCAGCAGGUUCCGUUGACGAUCUUCCUCAGCUUCACUCUCCCUACCUGCCCCUCCUCUGCAGCAUCUGAGUUAGGUGUUCUGACUUCAGGGCUUCGCUUCUUGCUCCCACCUGUCUUCUCAAGACCAGAAGGGCUGCCUGGAGUGCUCUGUAGAGCACUCUCCCUCCCUGGUUUCUGCUUGGCCUCUGGUGCAUCUCUGUUUACACUCUUCUGCCGCCAAAGACGUCGGCCAGGAGCUGCAGAUACUGAGCUGGGGCCGCUCACAAUGCUGGAAGGCUUGGAUGUACAGAUGUCAGGAGACGGCUUGGAGCGACUCAGCCUGAUCUUUCUGGGCAAGAGUCGCUCAUCCACGGAGGGGCGGUACAAGCCGGGUGGGGAAAGUGCUGGAGGACCAAGGGCAGGGCCACUCUUGUUCUCUUUAGGUCCCUGGCUGUGGCUUGGUGAAGCGCUUUUUUCUUGCAGAGCUGGGCAGGCUCUGGCCUUCUUCUUGAGCAGAAGAGCGCCAGACAAGGUCUCUGUGUUCUGUCGGUUGCUCUUCUCCUGGGGUCCCUCCUCUUUCCCCGAGGACUUCACUCUCAUUGCCCCAAGAGGACAGGGAGUCUGGGUAAUGGGCAGUGGAGUUCGAGGGUGGCAGCUGGAUGCUACCACCCUGGCAGAGAUUGGUGCAGGAGUUGGAGGUUGUAAGCAUUCCCGGUUCAGUCUUCGACCUUGAGGAGCCUUCACUAACUUCCCACCUUCUAGCUGAAGGGAUUCUAGUUCAGAUACGCGGAGCUGACGGGCAGCAGAAAGCACAUCCUGAGCUUCUUCUCGAGAAACUUCCAUCUCUGAGGUAUAUAGAAAAUCUACCAGUUUUCUAAGUGUCCUGAUCUUCAGGCCCCCCAGUUCCAGUACCACUUUCCGACCCUGAGCUGGCUUCUCCCGCUCCAGGCGCUCUGUGAAGAAGGGGCUACAGGCAGACAGGAUGCAGCAAUGGGCUGGGACUGCUUCACCUGGAGGGAAACCCAAACACUGUUACCUCAUGGAGACUGGCAUGUUUAUGGGCUAAUGCCCAUGUUAUUAUCCAAUUAAUGCAUGUUAUUACCCAAAUGAGUUGCCCCCUCUAUAUCCCACUGUGGAAACUCAAGGUGGAGAAAUUUACUCCUCUCUCUACCCAGAAACUUCUGCCAUUACUUGGCUAACUCAUCCUUUUGAUCCUUUAAAAUGCAGUUUAGACAUCACUUCUUUCAGAAAGCCUUCUACCCACCCCAAGUCUGGGUUAGGUGCUUCUGGGUACAGAGAACAGCUAUCAUAGCAGUUAGUUAUCUGUAGUGUAACUGUCCGUAUCUCCUCCACUAAACUGUAAGCUCUGUGAGGACAGGAUCCUAUCAUAUUCUUUUAACUACACCCACGACUAAACAGAAAGCAGAGGCUCAUAUACUUGCUGAAUCUUUUUUUUUUUUUUAACUUUAAAGAUUAAAAGAUUCCAUAGAAGCAGCUUGUGGUCUACUAUAAGGAGCUUUUGAAUGAAUUUUGAUGUGGGCGAUCAGGGCUCAAUUCUCUUCUGAGCUCUAGGCACUGCCUAUUAGGCAAUGGUCUGUCCUGAGCCACCUUUUAUUUAUGAACACAUCCCAGGCACUCUCAUGGCUUCAAUUACAAAGCCAACCAAUCCUACCUCUGCCCAGAAAUCUUUCCUGAGAUACUAAACAUGCCAGUCAUAUUUCUUGUUACGUGUCUAUAUGGAUGUACUAAAAGUACCUCCAGUGCAACCUUUCUAGAAAAUGAACUCAUUCCCUACUCCUAAAUGCCCAUCUGUUUCUUACUUCAAAAUAAAGUAUCACAUUCACCCAGCUGCCCUAAAAACUAAAAAUUAUCUUCUUUCUUACCCACUAUAAUUAAGCGUUAAUCUUUAAAAAACUAGUAUUUAAUUACUUAUUAUGUGUGAAGUCUUGUUCUAAGUUUUACCAGUGUUAAUUCAUUUAAUCUUCCCUGCAGCACUGUGACAGCUAUUGUUAUUAUAGAUGAGUAAACUGGCAGAGUUAAAUAACAUGUCCACAUUUACAUACUAGUAAGUAGCAGGGACACGACUGGAACCCGGGAAGUCUGGUUACGGAAUCUAUGCUCUUAACUACAGCAAGUUUUACACAUUUUCUUAACAGAUCACAAGCCAUACAUUUCUGUUUUCAAUGCCUUAGUUCGGGUUGUCAUUCCUGCUGUGGACUCAAAACAGCCUAUCUGGCUUCAGCAGCAAUCCAAUAAUUCUCAUGCAGCCUGGAGUGCUAUUUCUAAGUAGGUAUCUGAUUAUGACCACCCUUUUAAAAACCUUUAAAUAUAUCUCCCAGUGUUCUGUGGACAAGACCUACUUCCUUUGCAUAAUAUUGCAGACUUUAAUGACUGCUGCUAAUUUAGUC